AUGUAUUACAUCCAAAACUGGGACCAAAUCUUCGACGGGCUCGAUAAGUCCAACAUCACAGCCGACGACUUCAAAGCCGCUGAAGUUGAAGUGUCAACGAACCUAGACGACGUCCACGGGCCUAUUAUCGCCUCAAAUGAUACACUCGAAACCGUCAAAAAAGACCAAAAGAAUUACCUAACCUUCAACCUCCCACCCUUCAAAACCCUCCGUUCUCUAACCUUCAUCCUCCGCUCCCGAGGUUCCCGCUGGUCCCCCACCUUCGACGACUGGGGUACCUUCAAAGGCACUUGGUCCUGGCUAGACGUCGAACUCUGGCGACCAACGCGAGGUCCCAAACCCACAGGACGAGAUGUCCAUCUCGCCGGGAACGGAUGGGAGCUCGAUCCCAAAAAGAUGAUUAUAAAAAACAAAAAGUAUAUGGUAGGAACGUGGUUAUUACAGAGGAAUAGGCACGUUAUGAAAACAUGGGAGGAUUAUACAGUGACUUGGGAUGUUAAUGAAUUUGAAUUGGAUGAUAAGGUUGCUGCCAAGUGGGAGGAGGGGUUUUCGGAGAAAGGGAAUAACGAUCCCGAGGUCGCGAAGAAGGAGAAGUGGCAUAAAGGUGGCUGGAGUCCGAAUGGACAGUUUGUGAGAAAUUUGAAGCCUGGUGAUGAAUUGAGGAUUAUGAUGAAGGCUAGUACUAGAGAACCCGGUUGGAAAUGCGAGGUGAUGAAGUGUGAUGUGAGAGCAAUAUGGACCUGA